CGGCACACAGCCCUCCGCACCGGCACCGCGCUGCUCCGCCACCGGCACCACCGGCCCCGCCGCGCGCAUGGGGGCCGCCGUGCUCGGCCCCACAUAACGGGGGGUGCCCAGCUCCGCCAGCCGCCCCGCCAUGCCGGCCGAGCCCCGCCGCUCCGCGCCGCCGCCACCGCUCCGCGCCGCCCGCCGCAAGCCGCUGCCCGAGGGUAGGGCCGUGAGCCAACGGGCCCCGCUGUGGCUGCGGGCCCGCUUUCAGGCGCUGCUCUUCGCCCUGGGCUGCCGGAUCCAGCGGCACUGCGGGAAGGUCCUCUUCGUGGGGCUGCUGGUGUUCGGGGCGCUGGCCGUGGGGCUGCGGGUGGCCUCCAUCGAGACCGACAUCGAGCACCUCUGGGUGGAAGCGGGCAGCCGGGUGAGCCAGGAGCUGCGCUACACCAAGGAGAAGCUGGGUGAGGAGUCCGUCUACACCUCCCAAAUGUUGAUCCAGACCCCGAAGCGGGAUGGGGAAAACAUCCUGACGCAGGAGGCCCUGCAGCUCCACCUCGAGGCGGCCCUGGCCGCCAGCAAAGUCCAAGUCUCACUGUAUGGAAAAUCAUGGGAUUUGAAUAAGAUCUGCUACAAGUCAGGUGUCCCCAUCAUUGAGAACGGCAUGAUCGAGAGGAUGAUAGAAAAGCUGUUCCCCUGUGUGAUCCUGACACCUCUGGACUGCUUUUGGGAAGGCUCCAAGCUACAGGGAGGCUCAGCCUACCUCCCAGGCCGCCCAGACAUUCAGUGGAGCAACCUGGACCCUCUGCAGCUGAUGGAGGAGCUAGGGCAAUUCACAUCCCUUGAAGGCUUCAAAGAGCUGCUGGACAAGGCAGAAGUGGGGCAGGCUUACAUGGAGCGGCCCUGCCUGGACCCUCGAGACCCCCAGUGCCCCCCCAGUGCCCCCAACAAGCAGAGUCAGCAAAGCCCCGAUAUCCCAGCUGAGCUCUCAGGAGGCUGCCAUGGCUUCUCCAGGAAGUUCAUGCGCUGGCAGGAGGAGCUGAUUUUAGGCGGCACGACCAAAGACUCCCAGGGCAAGCUGUUACGCGCUGAGGCCCUGCAGACCAUGUUCCUCCUCAUGAGCCCUCGGCAGCUCUUUGAGCACUUCAAGGAUGACUACGAGAUCCACGACAUCAGCUGGAGUGAGGAGAAGGCGGCUGCCAUCCUGGAGGCCUGGCAGAGGAAAUUUGUAGAGCUGGCACAGGACUCCAUCCCAGCCAACGCCACGCAGAGUGUCCACGCUUUCUCCACCACCACACUCAACGACAUCAUGAAGUCCUUCUCUGACGUCAGUGCCAUCCGGGUGGCCGGGGGCUACCUCCUCAUGCUGGCCUACGCCUGCGUCACCAUGCUGCGAUGGGACUGCUCCAAGUCCCAAGGGGCUGUGGGCCUGGCCGGGGUCCUGCUUGUGGCUCUCUCUGUGGCCUCUGGCCUGGGGCUUUGCUCGCUGCUGGGCAUCUCCUUCAAUGCAGCCACCACCCAGGUCCUGCCCUUCCUGGCCCUUGGCAUCGGUGUAGAUGACAUGUUCCUGUUGGCUCAUGCUUUCACUGAGACCAGCCAGCACAUCCCCUUCAAGGAGCGGACAGGCGAGUGCCUGAAGCGCACGGGGACCAGCGUGGCUCUGACCUCCAUCAGCAACAUGAUCGCCUUCUUCAUGGCAGCCCUCGUGCCCAUCCCUGCCCUGCGUGCCUUCUCCCUCCAGGCUGCUGUGGUUGUCGUGUUCAACUUUGCCAUGGUGCUAUUCGUCUUCCCUGCCAUCCUGAGCCUGGACCUGCACCGCCGGGAGAAACGCCGGCUUGAUAUCCUCUGUUGCUUCUACAGCCCUUGCUCCUCACGGGUCAUCCAGAUCCAACCCCAGGAACUCGCUGACGCCAACGACAACCACGCCUGCCACCCAUCCCCUUAUGGGCACCCUGGCAUGGCCACCAGCACCCAGAUCACCACCACUGUGCAAGCCUUCACCCGCUGCGACCCCUCAGGCCACCAUGUCGUCACUGUCCUGCCACCCACCUCCCAAGUGUGCACCUCACCCACCGUCCUCCUGCCCCCCACCGACCCCCUAGGCUCGCAGGUCUUUGCCCCAUCCAGCUCUACCCGGGACCUGCUGGCCCAGUUGGACGAGACCAAGGGCGGGCGGGAGUGUGUUCCCCUGCCCUUCUGCCGCUGGAGCCUUGCUGACUUCGCCCGGGAGAAGUAUGCCCCGCUGCUCCUGCGGACCCGGACCAAGGCGGUGGUGGCGGUGCUGUUCCUGGCGCUGCUAGGGCUGAGCCUCUAUGGCACCACCAUGGUGCACGACGGGCUCUACCUGACAGACAUCGUGCCGCGAGACACCAAGGCGCAUGCCUUCAUCUCAGCCCAGUUCAAGUACUUCUCCUUCUACAACAUGUUCAUCGUCACCAAGGGUGGUUUCCACUACCCGGGCGCCCAGGCUGCCCUGCUCAACCUGCACCAGGCCUUCAGCACCGUCAAGUACGUGGUGCGGGAGGGCAACCGUGACCUGCCCAAGAUGUGGCUCCACUACUUCCAGGACUGGCUACGAGGGCUCCAGGCCACAUUCGACAGGGACUGGCAAGCGGGGCGCAUUACCCAUGACAGCUACCGCAACGGCUCUGAGGAUGGAGCGCUGGCCUACAAGCUCCUCAUCCAGACUGGCAACAAGAAGGAACCUUUCAACUUCAACCAGCUGACCACGCGGCGUCUGGUGGAUGAAAAUGGCAUCAUUCCCCCCGACACCUUCUACAUCUGCUUGACGGUGUGGGCCAGCAAUGACCCCCUGGGCUUUGCUGCCUCCCAGGCCAACUUCUAUCCCCCGCCACCUGAGUGGAUCCAUGACAAGUACGACACCACGGGCGAGAACCUGCGAAUCCCAGCAGCCCAGCCGCUGGAGUUCGCCCAGUUCCCUUUCUACCUGAGUGGGCUGCGUCGCACAGCUGACUUCGUGGAGGCGAUCGAGAGCGUACGGGCCAUCUGCAGAGAGGCUGCCCAGCGCCAUGGGGUGCUGAGCUACCCCAGCGGCUACCCCUUCCUCUUCUGGGAGCAGUACAUCGGCCUGCGCCACUGGUUCCUGCUGGCCAUCAGCAUCCUGCUGGCCUGCACCUUCCUUGUCUGCGCCCUGCUGCUGCUCAACCCCUGGACAGCCGGCAUCAUCGUCUCCAUCCUGGCCAUGAUGGCAGUGGAGCUGUUUGGCAUCAUGGGGCUGAUGGGCAUCAAGCUGAGCGCCAUCCCUGUGGUCAUCCUCAUCGCCUCGGUGGGCAUCGGUGUGGAGUUCACUGUCCACGUAGCCCUGGGCUUUCUGACGGCCGCUGGGAGCAGGAAUGUGCGCUCAGCCGCAGCGCUGGAGCACACCUUUGCACCUGUGAUGGACGGUGCCGUCUCCACCCUCCUGGGUGUCCUCAUGUUGGCUGGCUCCGAGUUUGACUUCAUCAUGAGGUACUUCUUUGCGGUGCUCACAAUCCUGACGCUGCUGGGGCUGCUGAACGGGCUGGUGCUGCUGCCCGUCCUGCUCUCCGUCAUCGGGCCACCUCCUGAGGCAUCCCUCGUGGAUAACAGCCCCCGUCUGUCCCCUCCGGAGCCGGUGCCGCCAUGCCUGGGCCCUGGGGGGCUGUACAUCCGGCGCACCCCAGCCUGGCCCGCCACCUUCCCCAACCCCUCGGACACAGAGCGCUAUGCAGAGGCCAUGGGGUCAGGCACCCCCCGGGGACCCUUCAUUGUGCCCCAGACCCCAGCACACAUCCUGCUGGAGGCCGGCAAGGACCCCAGCUUUCCCCACAUCACCGUGCUGAAGCCCUACAAGGACAGCCUGGAGGUCCAGGGGAAGAAGGAGGCUCCUGGCCCACAGCCCUCGGCCCCUCUGCCCUUUGGGGAGCCGUGCCCUGUGCCACCCCGAGACUACCCACAGCCCUGCCCGCCGGCUGCCCGGCCAGUCCCCCCUGCAGCCCUGCCUGCCUACAGCACCCACCUGCAGGGUCCUGCCGGCAGUUACACCACCGUCACGGCCACUGCUUCAGUGACAGUGGCCCUGCACCCCACACUGCCCGGCUCCUACCCCAGCUUUGGCCCCGAGGGCUUUGCCAGUGGUGAGCAGGAUUGCCUGGAAGAGCCCAGCACCGCCAGCACCGCCAUGCCCAAUGCCUUCGAGAUGCAGAGCCUGGGACACCAUGGGGCAGGUGCCCGACGCUAGAUUGCUGGUUCCUGGGCAGAGCAUCUCCCCAGUGCCCAGUGGGCACAGGAGGGUGCAGAGCGGGGUUGCCCGCAUCGUGCUGCUAAUCGCCAGAGCGGUGAUGCCCCCCAGUCUUGGCCGAGGAGGACCGGCCCCCUGUACCCCCUGUAAAGGGACUCAGCAGGGCAGGCUGGCACUUCUAUGCAAGCUGUGUGCAGGCCACGCUGUGCCAAUGGUGCCAUGUCCACCCUCCCAGGGUUUGGGGUUACCCUGCCUUGGGCUUGUUCCACGCCCAGAAAUGGAAGCACUAACUCCCCUCCCUCUGUUUCUGGAGCUGCUGGUGCGACAAACUCAGUGCCCUGCCAACUCCCCCAUGGGGUCACUGGCUGCUCCCUGUCACCUCCUCCUGGGUCCCCCCCACCCAGACCACAAACUGGGGUUCCCCAACAGGGUGCCCUGGUGCCCCCAUCCCGAUAAGGGGACAGCCCCAAAGCCAGCCGUGUCCUGGGGUGCCAUGGGCAAGGCCUGAGGCAGGCCCCCCCCACCUUUAUUUAUUGCAAAGGGAAACUAUCUAUAGAGAUAUAUAUAUUUUUAAGCUUAUUUUAAAAGAUUUAUUUCUCAGCCUGUGGCCUCGCCCAGCUACCCCGGGUGCAGGCAGUGAGGGGGUAGAUCUGUUGCCGGUGCAGAGCUGCCUGCCAGAGGCAGCGGGAGCCUGGGGCCGGGUCACAGACCUGGUUCAUGUCCCUGCUCCAUGGGGUUUUGGGUGACCAUGGGCAGCUCACCCCCUUGGACACGCUACUCUGUGCCUCAGUUUCCCCACCGGCAAGCACCGGGGGGCUGGAGGUAGGGGAUGCACCAUGGAGCCGGGGAGCCUGUUGCUCCCACUGCACAGGCAGGGUUUGGGGGGGGUCUUUAGGUUAGUCCUUGCUGUGCUGAGCUCUGGAGCUGUCCCAUGGCCCCUCGUGCAACGUUUAUGCUCUGCCCUGGUGACAGCACAUGCUGGUGCAGGGCCAGGACAGGGCACGCUGACGUGGGCACCUGUGGUGCCACCAGGCACAUCUCGCUGGGGCAGCAAAUUUCUCCCGGUGUCCCCAUGCAAAAGGGUUGUCCAUGAGGCCAACCCCUGUCCCCAUCCCCAUCCCAGGCACCGUCUGCGCCGCUACCCAGCACUUUAACUCCAGCGGUGUUUGCUGUGCCUGUGGCCCCAGCUCCCACCCCCUGGGCCCCCAGACACUGCCGCUGAGUUGGGGUGGCCUGGGGGCCCCGUCCCCAUGCCAGGCGUGGGCAUGGUGGGCAGCCCCCUCCCAACACGCCAUCUAAGUUAUUUAUAUCAAAGAGAGCAAAGGUUUAUUUUUGUAGUUUGUACAGGCGGUAGUGGGGACCGAAGGUUUAUUUUUAAAGAGUAAAUAUAUAUAUUAUAUAUAAAUUA